AAGAAAAAUGACCCAAGCUUACAAGUUGCAUUGUACACAAAGUGCAAAACCUCGGAAGAGCCCAAGAUACAGGUCGUUUAUCCAGUCCAAAUCGAGGAUAUAAAGACGAUGUUAGCCAAAGUAAUACCUGGUCUGCCUGAGCACCAUAUCAGGGUGGUUCGGUAUUAUGCGGACGAAGAGAAGGCAAAAGAUCCCAAACUGGCGGCCGGCAAACUCAUUUUAUGUUACGACCCAAAAGCAGAACCUGGAAAGAUCGGCUGUGAUGUGUGGGCAGGGUCACAAUAUGACGCCCAGGGCGAAGCAAUCCUGCCGAUCAACAACAACAGCCCAAUCCUUUCUUGCAGGUGGAGCGAACGCAACUACGGAGAGCUCUAUCGGAAGCCAUGUCUCGGAGUAAAACCGGCACCUUCCGUCGUCCCUGAUAGUCUCCCAGGGGCUACGGAAGUUCUGACAUCCUUCAUCAGCGCGGCAUCCGCCACGUCCGUGAAGACUUCCAAGGAACUAGAUGCCGGCACCGAAGAAGCAUCUGUCUGGCAUGAAGUACCGGAGAGAGAUUAG